UCCCUAUCCCGAAAGUUCUCCCGAAGUCUCGACAACCAAGACCUACCAUAACUGAAGUAUUCGAUGCCUACUAUGACGAAUCCGCAGAAGAACCCCUUGAAACUGAAGAAAAAAAUAACAACUUACCCAAUGAUCGCAUAAAGGUUGCUAGAAUAGGAGGCGCUGAAGAAACAUACCCAGUUGGACCUUACUGUGAAGAAGUUGGAGUUAAGAAGGUUAAAGAAAAGAAAGAAAUCGAAGUCGAAAAGGAAGAGGCCGGAGUUGAAAAGGACGAAGAAAAAGAAGUUGAAGUUAAAAGAGAAGAAAAGAAAGAAACUAAAGAAGAAAAAAGAAAAAAGUAUGAGGAAAACAUAUUCGCGAGAGUUGAAAAAAUUAUAGAAGACGUAGAAGAACUUACCAAAAAAAGUAAAGACCUGGAUUACACUUGUGAAUCGUGGAUAAAGAAAGUUGAAGGAUUUAGAAGUAGGAAACGUGCGGAAGACGGUGAUUCGAAAGAACAAUUCGAUCCUGAAAAGGAUUUGGAAAAAGCUAAUGAAAAGUGGAAGAAAAAAGUUAGAGUAUUUUUAGACGAACCGGGGAUGAUUUUUGCUAGAGCAACUUCAGCGCAAAAAAAGGCUACUUCGUGA